AUGGGUCAGGCAAACUCUUCGGAGUACCGCCCUGGGGCGGAGGAGCAGGGGGGAAGAAGAGCAGGACCCGCUCCUGUUACGCCCUUCCGGGCUUCUAGCCCCUCCUUAUCUGACCAAAUGCUUCUGGCAAGUUUGCAAACGCGAAGGAAACAAAUACCUGGAGGAGCAACCAGACCCCCUUUUGUUCCUCCUCCUGGUUUUGGGCAUUAUUCAGCUAACCGCGACUGCAAUUCUCUACCUGCGUCCGCCGCGGGUUCUCCGUGGGGCUCCCGUACGAAUUCUAGUUCGUCAAUUUCUUCUGUCUCUGCAAAUUCGCCUUCUCCCUCUCGUCAGCAGUCUUUUACCUUCGUGCCCCCUUCUCGCCAGGAUUCUUCCUUUGUUGCGUGGAGUCCUCAGCAGGCAGCGGAGCAGCGGCUGCAGCGCACAACAUCAGCCCCCCGACUGCCUCACCAGGACGAAAUAUUGCAGUAUAGCCUUCCUGAGGAGCCGCUUGCCCACACCCGCCGCACUACAUAUGCGCCAGAAGCGCUAGCCGCUGCUGCAGCCCAAGCUGCAGCAGCAGCCACUGCUACUGCUACAACAGCAGCAGCAGCAGCAGCUGGCGUACAUGCAGGUACCGGCAUACUAGGGGGGCAUCAUCGUUACCCUGUUGGUGAGUCUGUAGUUUUGGAUGGAAUUUCACAAAGUUCGCAACAACGCGAGCCCUGUCUGGUGGGCUGGGCGGAGGUGGAGGAGACGAAGGAGUGCCGCCUCAUCAAACCAGUUGCGGACGAAGGCGCGCUGCAACCGAUGGUGACGAAGGGCCGCCAGUUGCUGCGUCGUUUGUUUGAUCUGGAGUUCACACAUCGCCUUGUCGCCCCACACACGCAACCUGAAGUGCGUUCUUGCCUAGAAGUCCUGAGACUGUCUGACGACCUGCAAAACUCAGAGUGCACUGUCCGGCUCAGCCCCAGGACGGUUGCGGAGAAUGCCGUGCUGCUGCAGCCCCAAGCAGACGAAGAAGGCAUUUGCAAGCGCAGCAACAGCUCAGAUGAAGUGCCACAGCUGCCCUUCGACGUCACCCCUGUAUGGCACAUGCAGCUUGCCAAGGGCCCCGGCGUCUCAAACGUGUAUGGGCGGUGCGAAACCCGUGCCCUGACAUUUCCAGCUGCAUACUAUGAAGAGGAAAACGAAAAGAAGAAAGAGGAAUCUGGCGAAAGGAAGUCUGAUAGCAACGAUGAAACAAACACAAACAGACAGCCGCGCCCCAAGAAGACCUUUCAUGUUGUCCAAAGAAUUCUGCUAUCGCGGGGUGUGCCUGAGGCUCUCUUAGAAGGGCAUCUGGUGCACGAGUUGCUGCACGCAUUUAUUUGGCUGGCAUCCGACGGCAGCGAGUCCUUCAAGAUCGACUUGGCCGCCGAAGAAGGGCUCUGCAACUGCAUCUUAGCCUGCGCGUUGCAGCUGAGAGUAGAAAAACUCCAAAGGAAGAGAGAAAAGCUGCUGGCAGCCCUCCGAAAGAGAGGAAUCCAACCCCAGACUAAACCGGCAGUCAAGGAGGUCAACGGCCUCAAAGAAACUCAUGCUUUCCUUCAAGCUAUCCGCAACUUACAGGUCCUCCGUAGCCGAGAAGACAAAGGGAAUAGUAACGCAAAGGAAAGCAAAGCCUCGGAGCAAAAGCCAAAGAAAGCGGUCUCCUUUCAGUCAUCGGCACCGACGCCUCAGGCAACUCCUGCUUCUCCCUUGAAAGCGCGAGGGGCGGCAGGGCUCAUUUCUGAAGGCGUUCUUGACUCAGAAGCCGAAGGCGAGCUGACAGCUGGACAGACAAGGCGCACAGGCAAGACUGGGGAACAGUCUUCAAUGGCAGCAACGCAAGCGAUUACGCUUGGAGAAGCUAUUUUGCCGCCAGGAGAAGACGAAGCAGACGACGAUGACUGCAGUCGUUGUUCUGAAUACGACUUGUACGUGACGGAGUAUGAGUUGAAAGUAAUCAACAGGAGACUCGGGGAAAUGGAAAGGGACAACGAUCCCGCCUACGGCGUCGGCUACCGCACUGCUCGACAGCUCGCGAUGAAAACAAACAUGAAAAAGCUUGUUGGCAUCCUUAACGCCUUCGGCAAGUCCCUUGACGACUUCGUACAGGCAGCAGAAGUCUGUGCAUAA